UCUCUCUUCAACAUAUAUAUGUUCACACAUGUCUCAUAAACUUUCAUUUUCACUUUCACUCUAUACAUAGUACUCCCCCCUCCCUCCCCCUCCUUUUUCUUGUAUAUUUUGCUUUAUAAGCAAACAAUAUCAACACUUAUUACUCUCUCUUUCUUUGGCAUUCAACAUCAACCAUGGAUUUUGAUUUUGGAGCUGAAUUCCAAGACAAUUUCCCGUCGAUGAUGGCGCGGUUGGGGGCAGAAGGAUUCAUUCUCGAGCUUUGCAGCGGGUUCCGGCUGCUUAUGGAUGCUAGUAAGGGACUGAUCACUUUCGAGAGCUUGAAGAGGAAUUGUUUGAUAUUAGGUUUGCAUGAUAUUGGAGAUGAUGAGAUUGUGUGCAUGUUGAUGGAAGGUGAUUUGGAUGGAGAUGGUGCCUUGAGUCAGAUGGAGUUUUGUAUUCUCAUGUUUAGGUUAAGUCCUGGUUUGAAUUUUGAUGGAUCCAAGCAACAGUACUGGAUGGAAUAAUCUAAUAAAAAAAUGACAGAGAUCCCAAAUUUUUAAUGCCCCUUAUGUCUCAAAUAUGACGUGUCAAGUAAUGAGUGAAUUUGUGAGAGUACUUUGAGUUUAUGUUGAAAAUAAAGUGACACAUCAUAUUUGGGACACUUGGGAUACUAAAUUUUUGGAUGUAGAUCACAAUAAUGUUCUGUCGAUUAAUUAAUUUAGGUAAUCCUAAUUUUCCAUGUCUAUAGUCUAUAUGUGUGUUUUUUUUUUUCUCUCUUUUAUCAUAGAUGCAAUAAUAAAUGUACUUCAAAUCAUCAAAAAUAAUUUUCCUUGUCUAUU